AUGACACGCCUGAAGUGGCCUGGUCCGUCUCAGAACCUGCAGCAGCUCCCAGCUCUGAGCUACGGCAUGGCCCCCCACCAGAACUACAGCCCCCUCCAGGCCAAAGCUCCUCUGGGCCCCGGACUGUACCCACAGAACAGCCCCUACCACCCGCCCUCCUCUCUCCCGCACACCCCCCCUCUGUCGGCCAGCCCAGUGCCUCAGAUGCCCUCGGCUCAGAGCACACCGCCCCCUGUGGCCGGAGGCGGCUACUACAACAGCCCGCUCCAGACUCCGGCGAUGGGACCGGCCUGGCACUACAACACGUCUGCACCUGUGACCCCGCCCCACGCACACGCAGCGACCAAUCACAUGGCUCCGCCUCGCUCUAUGGCCCCAUCCACCUCCAGCCCGGCGCCGGGACCAGGACUGCCCCCCAGCUCUGCGCACGGAUACAGUCAGACAGGUGUGGCUCCUCACACAUACCACCAGCCCGUCAGACCUCCAUACGGGGCCCCUCCCUCUGCUGCUGCUGCCUCGGGACCCAGACCUGCCAUGGGACCACCUCCACCCAUAGGCCAACCUCCACCCAUGGGUCAACCCCCACCCAUGGGUCAACCUCCACCCAUGGGCCAACCCCCACCCAUGGGCCAACCCCCACCCAUGGGCCAACCCCCACCCAUGGGCCAACCCCCACCCAUGGGCCAACCCCCACCCAUGGGCCAACCCCCACCCAUGGGCCAACCUCCACCCAUGGGCCAACCCCCACCCAUGCGUCACCCACCACCUAUGGUACACCCCCCACCCACGGGACACUCUCCUUCAGGAGCUCCACCUCCAAUGAGACCCACCCCUCCACCUUCUGGACCCCCCAUGGGCAAUGCCACCCCUCCCACUCCCAAAGCUGAUGCUCAGUGGGACGCUGUGAACCACUCUGCUCCUCCCUCAGAGUCUGAGGAGGGGGACGUGGAGUGUCCAGGUAUAAUGUCUGGAAACGGCCCCCAGGCCCCCAACAGCUACAACCAUGUGGAGAGCCAACCAGGCGCCCCCCCUCCGCCCGGACCCCCAGGACGACACUUAGGGCACUACCCGUCUCUGCCGCCCGGGUAUCAGAGCUCUCCCUCUGGGCACACGACGCAGCCUUACCCCCUGAAGCAGCAGCCGUACCAGCAGCCCGGCCCGGCUCAGCUCAGCCCCUCCCUCGCUGCCCUGAGUCUGCAGUCUGGGACCCCCGAGGCCCUGAGGGUGGUGAACCUACUGCAGGAGAGGAACCUGCUCCCAGCCGGACCCAUCACUCCCCCCACGCCCUGCCUCCCCCAGGACCUGCAGAGGGUCAACUGUAACCCCGAAGUGUUCCGCGCCACACUGACCAGCAUCCCCCAGAACCAGUCUCUGCUGAACAAAGCCAAGCUGCCCCUCGGCCUCCUGCUGCACCCCUUCAAAGACCUCUCGCAGUUGCCGGUGGUGACGUCGAGUACGAUCGUGCGCUGUCGCUCGUGUCGCACCUACAUCAAUCCUUUUGUGUCGUUUUUGGACCAGAGACGAUGGAAGUGCAACCUGUGCUACCGGGUCAAUGAAGUUCCAGAGGAGUUCAUGUACAACCCAGUGAGCCGAGCGUACGGAGAGCCUCACAAGAGACCAGAGGUUCAGAACGCUACCAUCGAGUUCAUCGCCCCCUCGGAAUACAUGCUGAGGCCUCCGCAGCCGGCCGUCUAUCUGUUUGUCCUGGACGUGUCGCACAACGCUCUGGAGACUGGUUAUCUGCACGUCUUCUGUCAGUCCCUCCUGGACAACUUAAGCUCACUUCCUGGUGACUCCAGGACCAAAGUGGGCUUCAUCACGUUCGACAGCACCAUCCACUUCUACAACCUGCAGGAAGGACUGUCCCAGCCCCAGAUGCUCAUCGUGUCCGACAUCGAAGAUAUAUUUUUACCGACACCAGACAGCCUUCUAGUAAACCUCAGUGAGAGUAAAGAGCUGGUGCAGGACCUGUUGAAGAGUUUGCCCACCAUGUUUGAGAAAAGCAUGGAGACACAGUCUGCUCUGGGCUCCGCGCUGCAGGCCGCCUUCAAACUGCUGUCCCCGACCGGAGGAAGGAUGUCUGUGUUUCAGACCCAGCUGCCCAACCUCGGGGCGGGGGCCCUGCAGUCCAGAGAGGACCCCAACCAGAGGGCAGCGGCCAAGGACGUGCAGCACUUGUCUCCUGCCACAGACUUCUAUAAGAAACUGGCGCUGGACUGUUCUGGCCAGCAGGUGGCAGUAGACCUGUUCCUGCUGAGUGCACAGUACUGUGACCUGGCCUCUCUGGGCUGCAUUUCCAGAUACUCCGCCGGCUCCGUCUAUUAUUACCCCUCGUACCAUCAGCAGCACAGUCCUGCUCAGGUCGAACGCUUCCAGAAAGAUCUCAAGAGAUAUUUAACUCGGAAGAUCGGCUUCGAGGCCGUGAUGAGGAUCCGCUGCACCAAAGGCCUCUCCAUCCACACGUUCCAUGGAAACUUCUUCGUCCGCUCCACAGAUCUGCUGUCGCUGCCGAACGUGAACCCAGACGCUGGGUUUGCGGUUCAGAUGUCGAUCGACGAGAACCUGGACGACCUUCAGGUGGUGUCCUUCCAGGCUGCGCUGCUCUACACCUCCAGCAAAGGAGAGAGGAGGAUCCGAGUCCACACCCUGUGCCUCCCUGUGGUCAACUCUCUGGCAGACAUCUUUGCAGGAGCUGAUGUUCAGGCCAUCACUGGGCUCUUGGCCUGUAUGGCCGUGGAUCGCUCGGUCACAGCGAGUCUGAGCGACGCCAGAGACGCUUUAACGAACGCUGCGGUGGAUUCUCUGUCGUGUUAUCGUCAGUCUGUGCUCACCAUCCAACAGCCAGGACUGCUCUCCCCCUGCUGUCUCAGGCUGUUCCCUCUGUAUGUCCUGGCUCUACAUAAACAGAAAGCCUUCAGAGUGGGGACCAGCACUCGUCUGGAUGACCGUGUGUUUGCCAUGUGUCAGCUCAAGUACCAGCCUCUGGUCUACGCCAUGUUAAUGAUCCACCCUGCACUGUACCGGCUGGACGACCUCACAGACCAGGGAGCCCUGAACGUGAACGACAGAACGAUCCCACAGCCUCCGGUUCUGCAGCUGUCUGUGGAGAAGUUCAGCCGAGACGGAGCUUUCCUCAUGGACGCAGGAACGGUGAUGUAUCUGUGGAUUGGCAGAAACUGUAGCCCCGCCUUCCUGUCCCAAGUCCUGGGCGUGACCAGCUACGCCGCUGUGCCUGAAAACAUGUACCUUCUCCCAGAACCAGAGACCGUUCGCUCCAACGCUGCACGUCCUCUGAGACGAGAGCCAGAUGAAGACAGUCUUUCUGCAGAACAUGAUCGAGGACAGGACAGACUCCGCCCCCUCCCCCUGUCUCUGAAGCUCCGCCCCCUCCUGUCGGUGAAGCUCCGCCCCUUCCCCCUGUCUCUGAAGCCCCGCCCCCUCCUGUCGGUGAAGCUCCGCCCCCUCUUCCUGUCGGUGAAGCUCCGCCCCCUCUUCCUGUCGGUGAAGCUCCGCCCCCUCUUCCUGUCUAUGAAGCUCCGCCCCCUCCUCCUGUCUAUGAAGCUCCGCCCCCUCUUCCUGUCUAUGAAGCUCCGCCCCUCCUGUUUCUGA